UAACUGCCCGACAAGUUACGUGUAGAUGGAAACUUUGUGUUUGUUAUGUUGGCCUAAAAUUCUUAAGUGAGCAUACAUAAGAACCACUCCCGGCUUUUUGACAGAAACCGAAAUAAUUUCGCUAUCCAUCAUUUUUACAUUUGUGUAUCAAUAAAUAUUGAAGAGGAUGGCGGUGAACGUUUAUUCAACGAAUGUAACAACAGAAAACCUUUCGCGGCAUGACAUGCUCUCUUGGGUCAAUGAUUGUCUCCAAAGUAGCUUUGGAAAAAUCGAGGAAUUAUGUACAGGGGCCGCUUACUGUCAAUUCAUGGAUAUGCUCUUUCCUGGAUCUGUUCCACUCAAACGAGUCAAAUUUAAGACAAACCUCGAACACGAAUACAUACAAAACUUUAAGGUGCUUCAAGCUGGAUUUAAAAAAAUGAGUGUGGAUAAGGUUAUACCUGUAGAUAAGUUAAUAAAAGGUCGUUUCCAAGACAACUUCGAGUUCUUGCAAUGGUUCAAGAAAUUUUUCGACGCGAACUACGACGGCCGCGCCUAUGACGCGCUGGAAGCGCGGGCGGGCCUCGCUUUGGGUUCGGGGGCAAGCGAUCAAGCGGGUGCCGUCGCCCCUGCUGUUUCCGCACCGACAGCCCCCAAAACGACUUACACUCGACAGGGUAACGGAAUGACGUCCGCCACUCAGCGUUAUGUACCCCCAGCUAAAAGAAAACCAGUGCCUAAAGUAAAUGCAGUACGCCCGGUGACCAAAACGGUGACUUCGGUGAACAGUCGUGGCGAUUCCGGGAAAAUAGAAGAGCUGACAAGUCAAAUUUUGGAAUUGAAAGUGAGCGUAGAAGGUUUAGAAAAGGAGCGUGAUUUCUAUUUCGGGAAGUUGCGUGACAUUGAGGUUAUGUGUCAAGAGUCCGAAGAGGGUAAUCCCCUAAUCCAGAAGAUUUUGGAAGUUUUAUACGCAACCGAAGAUGGUUUCGCACCCCCCGAUGAAUUAGAAGGUGGCGCAGACGAACAGGACGAGUAUUAAAAGGAAAUAAAACAUCCCUUUUUUAACACUCCCUCCCCUAUUUUCUAUACUUUUAAGAGUCACGUUCCCAUAAAAAAAUAAUCAUAGGGAAAUCGAAAAUUGUUUACAUACGAGGUAUUUUAGUGUCUUGUUAAAAAUAUUCUCGCAUCAUGUAAACUCUUUUUUUUUUUUUUUUUCAUUUACACUAUUAAAAUUUAUUGUAACCGUUGCCCACGUACUACACAAAGUUAUGGUAUAUAUUCUAUUGAAUCAAAGAAAAAAGAAAAUUAAUAAUUAUAAAAAGCGAAAUUGAUAAAAUAGUAGAUUUUUUUAAAUGUAAAAUGUGUUGAUUUGCGUGUGUAAAAAUUGUUACGUUUUUCAAAAAUCAAAAUGAUGAACGAAUUUUCUAUCGAAUAUUAUUUGAUAGUCCAACGAUUAAACGAUGACGCUGAUAAUAACUUCUUUGUCUUUUUUAUGGUUUUUUUUUCGCGAUUAGUAGAGAAGAAGCGCGCACUCAACUUGUUCUAUAGUUACGUUUUACUACCUACUGUUUUUUGUGUUAUCUACUACCCUGUGUUGGCAUAUUUUGAAAUAAAAAAACGAAUAAAUCAUUUACAGUUUUAUUAUAA